AGCCACAGAAAAGUACAUUGAGAUUUAGAAAAAUUUCUCAAAGAUUAUACAUAUAAAAGGAAAUAAUGAUUGCAAGUGAUACAAUUUUUUCGUGUGAAACUUGUCGAUGUGCCAUUUAAUUUGCCAUACAACAGCCGCAGUCAUACAAUGGCGUAGAGACAGUUCGUGUUUUGUGCUAUCAGCUGAUGGACUUGAUGGACCUUACUCUUAUCAAAACAGAAGACAUUAUAACAGUUAUUGCAGCCUGUUGUCGCAAAAUGUCAUAUUACAAUGCGUGAUACUGUGCUCGUCGUAAUAAACUAAUUUGAGCUGGAAAAAAUUUUUUUUUCGAUUUAACAUCGACUCCAUUAUUCAUUGUCAUUAAAUAUAGUGUUUUCAUCUGUUGCAGAAGGAUUUAUCAAUUGUUAAGAAUGGGGACAACUGUAAGCAGUGGACAGAAUAACGAUGAAUUAGUUGAUGAUUUAAUGAAAUCUGGCUAUAUAAGAACCAAAGAGGUGGAGAAAGUAUUUAGAGCAGUCGACAGGGCAGAUUAUGUUUUGCCAUUACAUAGAGAGAUUGCUUAUAAAGAUAUUGCUUGGAAACAUGGGAACAUCCAUUUAUCAGCGCCAUGUAUAUAUAGCGAGGUAAUGGAAGCUCUUUUUUUGGAACCAGGAUUGAGCUUCUUAAAUCUUGGAUCAGGAACUGGUUAUCUUAGUACAAUGGCAGGACUCAUAUUGAGCCAACAUGGAACAAAUCAUGGCAUUGAGUUACACGAAGAUUGUUUAAAGUAUGCAUACGAGCGACUAGAAGAAUUUAAACAGAAGUCAUUAGCUCUGGAUGAAUUUGAUUUUUGUGAGCCACUUUUUAUACAAGGGAAUUGUCUGAAUGUUGCACCUGGUAGACAAUACGAUAGAGUGUAUUGUGGUGCAGCAUGUCCAGAAGGUCACGAAGGUUUUAUCAGACAAUUUGUACGCGUCGGAGGGAUUCUUGUAAUGCCUUUUAAGGAUCAUUUGCUUCGUAUACACAGAAUAGACGAGGAUACUUGGUUGCAUUUCACAAUGCUGUCUGUAUCAUUUUCAACAUUGGUUGUGCCUAUUGCUUCAGAGCAAACAUUGUUCCACUUACCCGAAUGUGAUCCGUUGUCUUUACAAGAGUUAUGCAGGGGUAAAAUAAGAGAUCGUUUACGUUUGAAUGUCUGGGUUGAACAUGCAGAUCUGGAGACUACAAAGCUUAUAGUACCAGAACGACGAAAACUUAGCCCUCCUCCCCAUCAGACUUUAAGAAGAUUCGUUAUUCCUAUUUUCGAGGAAUCCGACGAGGCUGUUUCAGACGGAGGCGAGGAAUUCAGUAGAGCGGUAUGUUUCUUGCUCAGUGUCGAUACUCAUCCUAGCGAACAAUGUACCUCUCAAGUAAGGACUGUCGUGCAAACUAAUCCAAAUGAAAAUCAGAAUUGGAGAAAGGCGAGCAACAGCGGGAGUAGUGGUCAGUAUAAUCAGAACGUAGAGAAUUUUGGAAACAGAAGCUCGUCUAUGAAAGACUCUUUUUUCAACGCAGACGCAUCAAACAAUGCAGAGGGUGUUUCAAGUUCCACCGAUGAACGAUCGCAAGAAAAUAUCAUUCACACACAGCGUAUCAUUAAUGUCAAUGAAAAUAUUGCAACUGCUAUAUGUUUGAAUAUAAGCGACAGUGACACCGACAGCGACGACGACGACAACGAUACCGACAGCGAAGCGGAUCACGAGGAGACCCUCGUUCAACGCAAAAAAGUGGCAAAACGGGAGAAAACGGAUAGCGGAAUAGUGGAAGACGUAAACUUGAGUAACGAGGAAGGCAGUUCAAGUUCGAACACAAAUCAUUCAGACUUGGAAACGGUGUAUCCAUCUGAGACAGCAGACGCGAUGGAUUCGGAUCUAUCCGAUAUCACGAUAAAUCGUAAUUUUAAUCCUCAUUCGGUCACUAGUGAUAAAUACCCUAAGGAUGAAGUUAUUGUCGCCCAUUACGUAAACAAAAAUGCCUUUUCUACUUUUAUGAGGGAAAAGAUACAUCAGUUACCAUUGCCUUUUGCAUUAAAGCUGUAUAUAGCUUAUAAUCGAGAACUGUAA